UAUCCCAUAUACACCUACUUGGGCACUUGGAACUUUCUGUACUGUACUUGAGAUCAUCAUGGCUUCCAAGGUUGCAUCAACUGCCCUUCUCCUUAUGCUCAACAUUCUUUUCUUCUCUUUGGUCUCCUCUACCCAUUGCCCACCACCACCAAAACCAGAGCCUGCUUGCCCACCACCACCAAAACCAGAGCCUGCUUGCCCACCACCACCACCACCACCAAAACCAGCUUGCCCACCACCACCACCACCAAAACCGGAGCCUGCUUGCCCACCACCACCACCACCACCACCAAAGGCUACUUGCAGAACUUGCCAACCAUCACCACCAGCUGCACCUGGUACUGGUGGUACUGGAAGUUGCCCUAUGGACACCCUAAAGUUGGGUGUUUGUGCCAACGUGCUGCAGAGCUUGCUCAACAUAAAUCUGGGAACCCCAACCUCAUCAUCUUGCUGCAGUCUCAUCCAGAAUCUGGUUGAUCUUGAUGCCGCUGUUUGCCUUUGCACUGCCAUCAAAGCCAAUGUCUUGGGCAUUAGCCUCAACAUCCCUAUCUCCUUGAGCUUGCUCUUGAAUUAUUGUGGAAAGAAUGUCCCAUCUGGCUACCAGUGCUCUUAGGCCUGUGUGCCACCUUAUGAUGCCCAUAUGCUCUUGCUUUCUUUCUCCCCCCCACCCCUCUCUUUUUCGGCCAUUCUAUUCUUCUCUUCCUGUGUUAGGUAUUUGAAGUGGUUAUGAUAUGAUUUGAGGACUUCUUGUUCCUCAUUUAAUGGUGUUGUAUGUUCUUCUAGGUUCCGUUUGAUAAUGUUUAUGUCGUUUCCGUUUCAAGAAA